UGCAAUUGACUAAAUUAUUCCUUCACACACCUUCCAGGAUGAGUCGCACGUCAAGCCUUGCAGUGUUGUUGGCAGCCAUGGUGGUGGUGGUAACGGCCGGGGCCAGUCGCUCCAGGCAGGCGAGACAAGCCUCCAAAUGUGGCCCAGGGGAGCCCUGCAUACCCUUCAAGAGUUGCCCGUUCUUCGCUGAUAUUCAAAGCGGAAGACCUACUCGUGAAAAGCUUAGAUUAUUUCAAGAUGCCAAGUGUGAUAACAGCCGCUCGAACCCAAAGGUGUGUUGCCCAGACUCCAACACAGGACCGGUCACCCCUGUUACCCCUGUCACCCCCGACCCUACCCCCACCCCAGGACCUACAGUUGAUCCCUCUGUGGGUGAACGUCUCCUGCCUGCUGAAUGUGGACGAGGCAAAAUUGAUGUCAAGAUCUUCAACGGUGAAGAUGCAGCUAUGGGAGAGUACCCGUGGAUGGCCAUACUCGGGUUUGGAAGUCAGUCCCAGCCAACUUGGGGGUGUGGAGGUGCGCUGAUCACUGAGAGAUACGUCCUUACUGCUGCUCACUGUCUGGACCUAGCGCAUACAAACAACCUACCAUUAGCGACGAUAAGACUCGGGGAACACAAUCUUGGCACAGACCCAGACUGUGUACCUCUGCCAAAGGAUGUUGCCGGCGAGGACUGUUCUCCACCCGCUCAGGACUUUACACCCGAGCAAACGAUCCGUCACCCCUCCUUCAACAACCGCGGGGUAUUCAACGAUGAUAUAGGUCUCAUCAGGCUCAAUCGAAAGGUCAACUUUAACUCAAACAUCAAGCCUAUCUGCCUGCCUCCCUCUGGCAUCGAUGUCCAAGCCUUCAUCUCCGGUAGCACCGCCAUCACAGCUGGCUGGGGACGAACGGAACAAGGCAUUAAUUCCCAGACCCUAAAGAAGGUUAAGUUACCUUUCGUGGACCUGAACACCUGCAACCCACUCUAUCAAGGACAACUUGUGAACGGAAUGAUGUGCUUCGGCGGGGAUGGUGAACGUGACGCGUGUUUCGGAGACUCUGGAGGACCUUUGUUCAUAUCAAAGAGUGCCGCUAUAUACACCGUGCUCGGGGUGGUGUCGACGGGAAUGCCGACAUGCGGGGUGACAGGUGUUCCGGCCAUCUACACCAACGUGGGUCUGUACAGAACUUGGAUCACCCAGAACCUCAGGCCCUAGAACCUCCCCUCCCCCUGAAUCUAGAAGAACCACUAGCAAUAGAACUACUCUCCCGCUGAAUCUAGAAGAACCAAUAACAACAGAACCACUCUCCCCCUGAAUCUAGAAUCUACACCUUCAGUCAUAGAACCAUUGGCUCUACGCUCUACUUAGAACCUUUGGAAAAACACAAUAGAAAUACUGUACUCCUCCUCACCAUGCAACACUGCUCUGACGUCUUUCGUAUGCAUAUCUGUGACGUCAACGAAAACAAUAACAAAGGCAUUAUUGAUUUUAAUCUUUUUUUGGAACUCAUCCCAACAGUUCUGGAUCUUAGGCGCGCGUAAGGAACGUUGGUUCCGUGAUUGUACAUGUAUGGAUUGUAUUCAUAAAAUUGUUAAUUGUU